AUGGGGAGGAGAGUGAGCGAAAUGCUGAAUUACAAAUACGAAUCGCAUCGGCUGUACUCGUUGCUGAAAAUGAAUGACUGGCAGCACGUUGAUCCUUUCAGCCUGGCAAAAAGUGGAUUUUACUGCACCGGAGACCAAGACAACGUCAGAUGUGCAUUCUGCAAUUUGGAAGUGCGCGGCUGGGAAGAGGAAGACACGGCUGAUGGAGAACACCGGCGUUGGAAUCCAAACUGCCCAUUUUUGUGCAAGAGGCAAAGUGUUCAGAACAUAGAGCUAGGAAGUGAACACGCUGAAAUGAAGACCGACGGCAUCGGAACUGUACACAAAGGGGCGAAACCACUAACAACCAAUGACCAAACUCCGGCUCCAGUCAUGGGCAAUCAGGAUGGUCAUCCGCCUGUUGCAGCCCUUCAGGAAGGCGAAAUGGCAGCUCCUCAGGCCGACGCUGCAGCCCCUCAGGAAGAAGCUGUGCCGCAGCAAGAUCUUCAUUAA